AUGGCAAGCUAUGAACAGAGACUGAUUCAAAUAAGGCAGAGUUUGGAAUGUGUUCAAGCAGCUCUGGUCAUUGAUCCCUUUAAUCAACUAUUGAUUGAGCAGGAGAAGCAGAAUAUGAGUGAUUUGGAGAAAUGCAGUACAAUAGAAGAAAGAAUCUUGAGGAAGAAAUCUAGAGCAACAUGGAUUGAUUAUGGUGAAUCCAACUCUAAAUACUUCUAUGCACUGCUGAAAAUAAGGGCCAGCAAGAACAAUAUUACUUCAGUAUAUAAUGACAUGGGAAUGAAGAUCACUUAUCCAAAGGUUGUGGAAAAUGAGUUUACUGAUUUCUUUACACAGCUAAUGGGAAAGGCUAAUGGAUUAAUGCCAUGCCCUAAUACUAGUAUCAUAAAAGCAGUCAAUUGCCUCACAUUACAGCAUCAACAGGAACUGAUAAUGGAUAUAACUCAUGAAGAGAUUGAUGAAGCAAUUAGGGAUAUGCCAAAGGAUAAAGCCCCUGGAGUGGAUGGGAGAAUGAUGCCAGCAUGGAGUUGUACUGCUAUUACACUAAUUCCUGAGGUCCCAGCUCCAUCUAAAGUGAAAGAUUACAGGCCUAUAAUAUGUUGCACUACACUGUAUAAGGUUGUUGCUAAGAUACUGACUAGAAGAAUAAGGAGGGUGAUAGAGGUGAUCAUAGGGAAGUCACAGUCUGUAUUCAUUGAAGGAAGGAGCAUCAUUGAUAACAUCCUAUUUAGCCAUGAGUUGUUCAAAGGCUAUAAUAGGAAAGGCCAAGAGAGGAUUAGCCAAGGAGACCCCAUGUCUCCCUACCUAUUUGUCAUUGCAAUGGAGUACUUACAAAGAGAGAUGAAUCAACUACCUGACACAAAGGCAAACAUAAACUCAGUGACCAAAAUGCAGGAAACCUUUCAAAGAUUUUUUGCUGCAUCUGGCCUUCAGGCAAAUGCAGACAAAAGUUCCAUGUACAUUGCUGGAGUACACCAGGACAUCAAAGCCUCAUUGCUUAACCUGAUAGGAUAUACAGAGGGAUCAAUUCCUUUCACGUACCUAGGAGUUCCCUUGUCUGCCAAGAAGUUAAACAUUCACCAAUGUUUGCCAUUAGUGGAGAAGAUCAUUGAAAUAGUUAGUUGCUGGUCAGCAAGGAUGUUAUCAUAUUCAGAAAGAGUGCAACUCAUUAAGUCUGUGCUAUUUGGCAUGCAGACUUAUUGGGCUCAAAUAUUCAUACUGCGUAGGAAGAUUAUGAAGAUGAUUGAAAUAAUUUACAGAAUAUUCCUUUGGACUAGCUCAAGUGCUACAUCUAGGAAAGCACUGAUAGCUUGGGACAAAGUCUGUCAACCAAAAGCAGCUGGGGGAUUAAACAUUAUCAACAUGAGGCUAUGGAAUAAAGCACCAAUCCUAAAACAAUUAUGGGCACUGACAAAUAAAAAGGAUGCAUUAUGGAUCAAAUGGACUCAUUGCUAUUACAUAAAACAGAGGGAAGUUAACACAAUGGACACACCUAAGACAGCAGCUUGGGUGGUCAGGAAGAUCAUAGAAGAAAAGAAAGAUUUGUUACAGGGGAGCACAAUGCAGACUAGCCUUAAUGCAGCAUUAGCAGAUAUGGAGAAGCAAGGCAGAUUUCCAAUUCAGAGAGCCUAUGUUCAGAUGCAACCCCAAUUUUCAAAGUUUACUAUAUUUGGCGAGAAAGGAAUUCCCUCAGAUUCAACAAAGGCAGAUAUGAGGCAGAUGGGAUAUGAGGCUGGUGGUCAGCAUCAACCUGGUUUUGUAAAGACACUUUUUGAUGAAAUGGAAAGUUCGUCGGAGCCCUCAGAGCCUUCUUCAUCCUCGGGUUCAGCCGGCUUUUGGCCUCGACCUCAAGCCUUUUCACCUCCUUAG